AAUCGCACAGUUUAAUAGAAGGCGGUCACUUGUACGGAUGCAAAAUCACCAUGGGAAACAUGGAUAUCCUUCGUGUCAAUCUGACGAUGCUGCUCUUAACGCUGGCAGCUUGUGCUUGGUUCGUUGAGGCUCAGCCGGCAGCACGUAUCAUCAAUGGAUCCAAGGUGGACAUAGCACGUCAUCCAUAUUGUGUUUCUCUACGAUAUAGACGUAGCAAUGAAUCCGCUUACCUUCACGAAUGUGCCGGCGUCAUCUACUCGGAACGUGCCGUGGUGACGGCGGCCCAGUGUCUGGCUGGUCUGACGGAAGGAACCAAAUUGCUGGUGGUUGGUAAUGCCAAUAAACGUAACGGCACCGAUGGAUUGGUCUAUCCCGUCUCGAACUGGACGUAUCAUCCGAAAUUUAGUUACUAUACGGCUGACUACGACAUUGGGAUUGUCAUUUUGGAGACUGCUUUUGAUUUGUCGAAUUUUGGUAUGCGCACAAUUGGAUUGCGCCCGGAACGACCGGCGACCGGAAGAGAUGCCCUUGUGGUUGGCUGGGGAUAUCGUGAGGAAUGGGGUCCUUCCAGUCCCCAUCUGGAACAGGCAUAUGUGCCCAUUGUUAGCUCGGAACAAUGCAAUAAUAUCUACGGCAAGGGAGAGGUCACUGAACGCAUGAUCUGCGCAGGAGAUGUUGCCCAAGGCGGUCGCGAUGCAUGUCAAGGAGAUACAGGCGGUCCACUGAUCAUUGACGAGCAACUGGUGGGUCUUGUCUCCUGGGGACGUGGCUGUGGACGGCCUGGCUAUCCCACAGUUUAUACAUACGUGCCCAGCCUGAAGUCGUGGAUCGAUGAUACUCUGAAGGCCGCGGGAGCGCUAUAAACGACAACCAGUGUGCUGAUAAUGCCUAUCAUCAAGUAGCUAUACAUGAUAAUUAUGCGACUUUUGUAUUUACCGAUUUACUGUUCAUCUAAUAAUAAAACUACAAAUUUAGUACGAGUA